UACGUUCAUGGUAAAGAGUGAAAACAAUAACAGAAUUGUCGUACGCGUAGAGGUUAAGGGAAGAAAGAUAUAUUGUCUGAAUUAAGAGAAACGGAAAGUAUUAUUUUAAUAUGGAAAAUAGUGGUGAAAGUGGCGAUGACGGUGGACCUUUAGGCCCUACAACCUUUUUAGGAGGAAGCGGUGUUUCGGCUUCCUACAUAGGUGUACAGUCGGACGACUUGGAAGAAAAUACAGAUGAUUCCAAUCACGGGGGUGGAGAUCCUUUACAAAGCAGCGGAGGUGGAAGCGGUAGUGGUCCUCUACGAGAGCAGGAUCGUUUUCUUCCAAUAGCUAAUGUUGCUAAAAUUAUGAAACGGGCUAUACCGGAAGCAGGAAAAAUAGCUAAAGAUGCGCGCGAAUGCGUUCAAGAAUGCGUUUCCGAGUUUAUAUCCUUUAUCACGUCCGAGGCCAGUGACCGAUGUCACAUGGAAAAACGUAAAACCAUAAAUGGGGAAGAUAUAUUAUUUGCCAUGACAACUCUUGGCUUCGAUAAUUAUGUAGAACCAUUGAAAGUUUAUCUACAAAAGUACAGAGAAGCUACCAAAGGGGACAAUCCUUCGGGGACAGGAACGACAACGGGUAAUGGGAAAGCAGAAUCUCAGGGUACCAUAUAUGAGGAUCAAUUGUUUGCUAUUGCAACAGAUUCCAAUGCUACUACCUCCGAUACACCUGUUAUCUACAGCUACUCAUCUACCGAUCAGAUGCAGUUCCAACUUUCUUGAUCAGUGCAUUUUAAACUGUUAUUAAUGGAAUUUUUUUUAUUGCCUUUUGUAGAAGACAAUGGAACACAAGUUUUCAUACGAAAGAAAAAGAUCAAUCUAACGCAUUAAAGUUUGAAAAAUAAAUAGCACAUUAAAUAUUUUAAA